CAAUCGCUGAGAUCUUUUAUCUGCUCGACACCGAUGUCCGAGAGAUUGGACCCAUGUUGGAUUCAAAUCUCCAACGUGUGGACAACUAAAAUCUAACUUAUCGACGUUAAUCUCUUAAUUCUUGCGAGCCACCCGCUGAGCCGUGACGUUCGGUGCAGUCCGUAACUUCACGCAUCCGAAGAAAAGGCUUUAGCGUGACUUAGGCGAUGUAUUUUGGGUGGAUGGAGUGUGAACCAUAGCCUACUUGUCUUGCAAACUUUCCCUCGGUGGACGUCCACGUUGGCAGUCGCAAUAGUCUCUUCAUCUGAUUCGGCUGUAGCGUUCGUCGUUUGUGUGGUGGAUGGGUCGGAACGCCAUCAACUCCCUCACCCACCUUUUCUCGAAGAGACAUCUCAUCAUCUGUUUAGAGUGCUCGACAUAAUGACAGUCGCGUCGGCUCUUCCCUCAGCCACCCACCGCACGACGUGACUGCCUCUCCAUCCUCGCGUCGUCCGGUGAGUUCGACGGUACGAAGGCCGCUGUUACAGCCAGCGACAGGCCACGCACCACUCCGGCGAACGGGCAUGUCAGAGGCUCAAGCCCACUCCUCCCAUUGGCCUCGUCUUCCGUGGACCCCGCCCAGCGUGAGGCCGAGGCCCACCUGUCUUGCCCGGGUGUGGGGUCCACGAGGAUUCGUCUCACGUUAUAUUUAGAUUCGGCGACAGCGGUGUCUGUGAUUUCAUGUGCGGCCUCGGGGCGGACAGGAAACAGGCUUCUUCUCUCGGACGAGCAGUGUGGACCCCUCGACUGAGAGGCGGAGAGAAGCAAGGAGGAGGAGGGAGGGGGCUGUGAUGUGGAACGAAAACCGCGUCAGAGCAACCUAAAGAAGGUUAAAAAGGAAGGAAUGGGCGUUGGUCUCCGUCCCGUCCACUCGACCAAAAAUGCCCUCCUCCCCUUCUCGCACUCUCCUUCCGUCUCCCCCCUUAUUCCUGGGCAGAGAACAUAAAAUAUGUGAAAGAAACGACUUACAAGACAGAGGCGAAUAAAAAGAAAGAAAGCCACCCGUGAAUCUCUGUUAGCAUCUAUAUGAUCCAUCGACGACGACAGCGACGAUUCGGAAGGUGGAGGUCUGGAGGGGGAGGAGGAGGAGGAGGAGGAGGAGAGGGUAAAGAAGAGGAAGGAGAGACAAGAUGAUGGGAGAUGGCGGGGUAAAGCAGAUCCUGGCCAAGCCGAUUCAGCUGGCGGACCAGGUGAGUAAAUGGGCGGACGACGCCCACUCGUUCAAGCAGGACUGCGCGGAGCUGAAGGCCAAAACGGAGCGCCUGGCGGGGCUGCUGCGGCAGGCCGCUCGCGCGGAUCUCUACGAACGCCCCACCCGCCGCAUCAUGGACGACACGGAGCAGGUCCUGGACAAGGCCCUCGCCCUCGUCGAGAAGUGCCGCGCCCAUGGCCUUGUCCGCCGCCUCUUCACCAUCAUCCCCGCCACCGCGUUCAAGAAGAUGUCCACCCAGCUCGACAACUCCAUCGGCGACGUCUCCUGGCUCAUCCGCGUCUCCUCCUCCUCUGGCUCCGACGACGGCGACUUCGACACCCACCUCGGCCUCCCCCCCAUCGCCCAGAACGAGCCCAUCCUCUUCCUCAUCUGGGAGCAGAUCGCCACCAUGCACACCGGCUCCCUCGACACCCGCGCCGACGCCGCCGCCAGCCUCGUCUCCCUCGCCCGCGACAAUGAUCGCUACGGCAAGCUCAUCAUCGAGGAGGACGGCGUUGGCCCCCUCCUCCGCCUCGUCAAGGAGGGCCGCCCCGAGGGCCAGGAGAGCGCCGCCCACGCCAUCGGCCUCCUCGCCCGCGACCCCGAGAGCGUCGAGCAGAUGGUCCUCGCCGGCGUCUGCUCCGUCUUCUCCAAGGUCCUCAAGGACGGCCCCAUGAAGGUCCAGGCCAUGGUCGCCUGGGCCGUCGCCGAGCUCGCCGCCAGCCACCCCAAGUGCCAGGACGUCUUCGCCCAGAACCACGUCGUCCGCCUCCUCGUCAGCCACCUCGCCUUCGAGACCGUCCAGGAGCACAGCAAGUACACCGUCCCCUCCAAGGGCAUCUCCAUCCACUCCGUCGUCUUGGCCAACAACAGCACCAACACGACCGCCAACGCCGCGGCGGCGAUGGCCCUCGACAACGGCGCCGAGCAGGCCCUGGUCAAGCAUCCGAACACGAUCACAGACCAGAACGCCAGCAAGAACCAGAUGCACUCCGUGAUCGAGUCCACUAUGGCCGCCAAAUCCAGUAAAACCCCGGCCAACACCAAAAGCCACACGAACCCCCACGUCGCCGGCAGCAACGGCAAGCAGCAAAAGGUGCCCCUCUCCGGAGCCAGCAUCAAGGGGCGGGAGUUCGAGGACCCGGCCACCAAAGCCUACAUGAAAGCCAUGGCCGCGAAGGCCCUGUGGCAGCUCGCCAAGGGCAAUCCCUCCGUCUGCAAUAGCAUCACCGAGUCCCGGGCCCUCCUCUGCUUCGCGGUGCUCCUCGAGAAAGGGGCGGAAGAGGUCCAGUACUAUUCCGCCAUGGCCCUGAUGGACAUCGCGCGCGUGGCGGAGCAGCAUUCGGAUCUCAGGCGGUCCGCGUUCAAGCCGAGUUCGCCGGCGGCGCGGGCGGUGGUCGACCAGCUUCUGAGGAUCGUAGAGAAGGCCGACUACGACGACCUCCUCGUCCCCUGCAUCGUCGCAUUAGGCAGCUUGUCGAGGACCUUCCGGGCGACGGAGACCCGGAUCAUAGCGCCGCUGGUUCGGUUGCUCGACGAGAGGGAAGCCAUCGUGUCCAAAGAGGCCGCGAUCGCCCUGACCAAGUUCGCCUGCACCGACAACUACCUCCACCUCGAUCACUCCAAGGCCAUCAUCAAUGCGGGAGGGGCGAAAGACCUGGUUCAGCUGGUGUAUUUUGGCGAACAGGCAGUGCAGGUCGCGGCAUUGAUCCUGCUGUGCUACAUCGCGCUGCAUGUGCCCGACAGCGAGGCGCUGGCCCAGGCCGAGGUCCUCACCGUGCUCGAGUGGUCUUCCAAGCAGGGGUACAUGGUUCAGGACCCGACCGUGGACACCUUGUUGCCGGAGGCAAAGGUGAGGCUGGAGCUGUACCAGUCGAGGAGUCGCAGAGGGUACCACUGAGAGUCCUCCACCACCACCCCCCUCCCCACCCCAAAAAGCACACCCCUUUCCGAGUCUCCGAUUGCCAGGAAUGUACAUACAUACAUACAUACAUACAUACUUCUUCCGUAUGCAUCCUUAAAAAGGUUACGUUGCACGCCCAAAACACCAUUUUGUUCGUCUGAUUUGUGGAACGCGCGUGCUUGCUGAAUUCAUGAUGGCUUAAGUCUGGGAAAUUUUGGUAGAGUGGGAGCAGAUCAUUCGUAUUAGGUAUUCUCAAGUUUAUUGAUUCGUUUUUAGUCU